AUGACUGGUCGAAGCGUUACCACAACUGCGGUUGCCGCCGCCGCUGCCACGACAACUCUGGCAGCAACUGUGGGAUGGGAGGCUUUCCUUGCUCCUUCGUCGGCUUCGUCUGUUGAGAAGCGCACUGGCACAUCUCUGCGACGGAGGUCCAUCGACACCCCGACCAACAAUUCACAUGGCCGAACGUUGGCAGCACUGAGUGUGUGUGCUACAGCAGCAGCAGCUCUCACCUCGUCCCGUCGAGGGCGAGCAGCCCGACAGGCAGUAGUUUCCUCGGAUAGCGAGAAGAAGCCUGUCAUGUCGCAGGCAUUGCCGUUCAUGACGGUGCCCGCGCAUUUGAGGAACAAUCCCACAAAUCCAAGCUUGGUCGGCGAUUUGGGGUUUGACCCGCUCGGGUUUGGUGCGGAUGAGUACAUCAACGAGGUGCUCGAGAACUUCGGGGUCGAGUUUGAUGCGAUGCGAUGGUAUCGGGAGGCCGAGCUGAUGCAUGGACGUGUGUCUAUGCUCGCCGUCUUCAAGGUCAUCGUCGACUCAUCCUUCCCAGGAGUCAUGCCGUCAGAGCAGGCCUUCUCUGCUUCCACAUGGGAGCUAGUUCAGAUGAUGGCCCUCCUGGAGGCAUUCCGUGGAUACCGUCUCUUCAUCAACCAGGAUGCUAUCGCCGGUGACCUGGGUCUCGGUGCCGGCCCGAUGACGAACGGCUGGAAGAUGAGCUGGGACAUGACUGUCGAAGAGUUGGCAGAGAAGCAGUACAAGGAAGUGCAGAAUGGCCGCCUUGCUAUGUUGGCAUUCGCAGGCCUCCAGAAACUCCUCGGACACGAAGAGACUUGGGACCUGGAGCAUGUAAAGCGAUGCGACAUUACUGCGAAGGGGACGCUACGUGAAUGGGAACUAUUAAAGGCAGUGCUUCAGGCAGUGCUAGCAGGAGCAGUAGCGGGAGGAGCAGUAGUAGUAGCAGCAGCAGCAGGAGGAGCAGUAGCAGCAGCAGCAGCAGCAGUAGCAGCAGCAGUAGCAGCAGCAGUAGCAGUAGCAGUAGCAGUAGCAGUAGCAGUAGCAGUAGCAGUAGCAGUAGCAGUAGCAGUAGCAGUAGUAGUAGCAGUAGUAGUAGCAGUAGUAGUAGUAGGAGUAGUAGUAGUAGUAGUAGUAGUAGUAGCCAAGAGAGCUUCCAGUGAUCCAGGUUUCUUUUGUUUCAUACCACAACAAAGAAUCGCUCAACUUUUCAUCGCGACUUUGCGAACCUUUCCGGCAGGCCGCUGUCUUACCGCAGGACGCUUAUGCACAGUUCCUGGGCGAGUCAUCGCUUGGCCUUUGCCAAAAAUCUGUGAUAAAUGUGUCGCUGUGUAG